AUGGCGUCCUCACUACGUCUGUCUGCUGGCAGCCUGGCUAGCAGUGCACGCUCAACCUCCGUUAUUGCGCAGACCCUUGCGCCGACUUCCCAACAAUCCCGAUCCUUUUCCCAGGCCUCGCAACGAUGGGCAAUCAAGGCCACCAACUUCGGGCCCAAGAACCUCGCUGGUCCUUCAAUGAAGGCCCGCACAAGAGAUGCUAUGAACGGCUCGCUGCCUAAUGAUAUCGGCAUAUUGCCGGGAACCUUCGUCCGGCCACUGUGGAGGGAUCUGCCCUCGAUCUUCCAGAACCCGCGGGAUCGGUGGCUGGUGGAAUGGACUGGGAUUAAGUCCUUUUUCCAGAACUUCAUGAGUUUGAUCAUCUACUGCAAGAAAGAUAACGAGUUCCCCCUCAUGCUGAAAGAACGACGAAAGAUUGCGCACCUCCUCUACACCGAUAUGUACACUGCCCUUGCAAGGGGUGAUAUUCCCGGCAUCCGUCGUCUUUGCGGAGACGGCCUUGCCAAGAACCUCAUCAUGCAGAUCGAGAACCGCCCCAAGAACCAGCAAGUGACCUGGAACCUCAUCAAAUGGCUCCGAAGACCCAGCACCUACUUCACCGGCCUCCGCGUCAUGGCAGACCGCGCCACCCAGAUUCCCGAAGUUCCCAACUCCGGCAUUCGCCAGAUCGUCCUGCGCGUCAACUCCCGACAGUCCAUGUCCAAAUCCACACCCGCGCCUGCUGGCCCCCGUGGAAAGACUCCCGCGGCCGCAGUCGUCGAGACACCCGCCAAGGAGCAGGACUGCACCGAAUACUUUGUCAUCCAGGAGAUUCGCUGGAACGGCGUCAGCACUGGAUGGCGCGCUUGGGGCCACGUCAAGCCCACGGAUCUUGAUACCAUUCACAGCGACCCUUACUUCGCCCCCGGCUUGACUGCUUUCGAGCGCAUGGAGGCUAUGAAGAAGAUGGCCGGCCAGUGA